AUGGAUGCCAUCCAUCCGCCCGGCGUCCGCCGAGCCGCGCGCAGGCGACACGGCCAUGCGCUGGCGGCCUUUGCCAGGCGGCGAUCUUUCCGGGCCCCGGGCCGCACCUCCACCGAGGCCUCAAUGGCCGCGAAGCCUUUGCUGGAACAGCUACGGGAGGCGCUUGGUUCGGAGAAGCUGUCGAAGGCCGCUGCCCUCGAGGCGCUGCGGGAAGAGAUGCAGGCGCAGCUCAAAGCAGCAGCUGGGCAACACCACGCAGAGCUCCAGAACGAGCGCCUGGCCGCAGCAGAGCAGCGGCAAUCCGAGGAGCACCGCAUGCAAGGCUGGCAAGCAGAAGCGGCUUCCUACGCUGCCGAGGCGCAGCGCUGGGAGGAGUUGGAGGUCUCAGAGAAGGUGGCCAAAGACAAGGCGGAGGUGGCGCUGGCGGAAGCCAUGAAACGCUGCGGCAGACAGCAGGUGGAUCUCUACCACAUGCGCCAGGAGUUGAGUGCGGCGGCGGAGUCUUCGAAGGCCUUGUCUCGGCUGGAAGCAUCGCUUGAAGAAGGCGAGCGCCGCCAGAAGGAGGUCACGGAGCUUCGGGCGUCUCUGGAGGCGCUCACGGAACGCUGCAAACGACAGGACCAGUCUCUGGCACGCUUGCGCAGCGCUCCAGGGUACCCCCCGCGACCAGAGCCAGGGCUUCGCAGCCGCGGCGGAGCGCUGCGAGGCUUGGCGAGCAGUGCGCGAGCAGCACGUAAGGCGGAGCCUUUGCAGCCCGUGGCGGAGGACGACCUUCCCGACUUCGCGCUCUCUGCAACUCUGUCGGAGGGCUCAGCGGAUCCCUUCGCAGCCGCCAGAGAUCUCCAGUCUUCGGGCUGGCUUAGUCAGGCAUCAUCGAUGCCAGAUGGCUUCGCAGCAGCCAGAGAUCUCCAGUCUCCUGGCUGGCUUAGCCAGGCAUCAUCGAUGCCAGAUGGCUUCGCAGCAGCCAGAGAUCUCCAGUCUCCUGGCUGGCUUAGCCAGGCAUCAUCGAUGCCAGAUGGCUUUGCAGCAGCCAGAGAUCUCCAGUCUCCUGGCUGGCUCAGCCAGGCAUCAUCGAUGCCAGAUGGCUUCGCAGCAGCCAGAGAUCUCCAGUCUCCUGGCUGGCUUAGCCAGGCAUCAUCGAUGCCAGAUGGCUUUGCAGCAGCCAGAGAUCUCCAGUCUCCUGGCUGGCUUAGCCAGGCAUCAUCGAUGCCAGAUGGCUUCGCAGCAGCCAGAGAUCUCCAGUCUCCUGGCUGGCUUAGCCAGGCAUCAUCCAUGCCAGAUGGCUUCGCAGCAGCCAGAGAUCUCCAGUCUCCUGGCUGGCUUAGCCAGGCAUCAUCGAUGCCAGAUGGCUUUGCAGCAGCCAGAGACCUCUGGCCAGGUGCUUCGCCGGCCUCGUCCACGUCCGUGGACGGCUUCGCCAGCUUUCCCAGGGACCGCGAGGGAAAUGCCUCGCCUGGCCAGACCAUGGGCCAGCGGUUCACCAAGGAGUUCUGCUCCGGCCGAGGCGCGGCAGGCCGAGAAGUGGCGCCACCUGCCCUGGACCUGGGCAAAUCCACCUCUGAAACCAGCCCCACGCAGCCAGGCGACUCGCCUGCCUUGCUACAGGCUGCACCGGCACCAGAGCCGAAGCAGGAGGCAGCCGAGCCGGCUGUGCCAGAGCCAGAGCCGAAGCUAGAGGCUGCUCCGGCACCAGAGCCGAAGCAGGAGGCAGCCGAGCCGGCUGUGCCAGAGCCAGAGCCGAAGCCAGAGGCUGCUCCGGCACCAGAGCCGAAGCAGGAAGCAGCCGAACCGGCUGUGCCAGAGCCAGAGCCGAAGCCAGAGGCUGCUCUGGCACCAGAGCCGAAGCAGGAGGCAGCCGAACCGGCUGUGCCAGAGCCAGAGCCGAAGCCAGAGGCUGCUCUGGCACCAGAGCCGAAGCAGGAGGCGACCGAGCCGGCUGUGCAAGAGCCCGAGCCGAAGCGGGAGGGCGAGCUGUUGGAGGCAGCAGAUGCCAUGAACAGCAUGCCCGAGGGCAAGGGCAAGGGCAAGGGCAAGGGCAAGCCGCCUCCGCCAGCCCCCAAGGCGAAGCCCAAGGGCGCGCCCAAGGCGGCGCCCAAGGUGAUGCCCACGGCGGGCUGCGGCAUGAGCGAGUUGCUGAAGCGGGUGGAGGCCAUCGGCGAGAAGAAGGACCGUGAGGAGUCGAAGGAGAUCGAGGACAUCGACCUGUCCCAGAUCGACCCCAGCGCGGCGCGGGUUCGCGUGAAGUGCCCGCGCUGCGAGAAAGAGGUUCUGGAGGAAUACCUGCAGUCACACAUGACAGCCCACUCCAGCGAAAUUCUCCCCUGGCUAUUUCUUGGCGGCAAGCGCAACCUGGACAAUGACGUGGAGCUUACUGUGCGCACAGGCAUUACCCACGUUCUAAACCUGGCCAAUGACGUGACGCCCAUAAAUGAUGUGGUGACCGAUGUCACCGCCUACAACAAGGAGCGCGGACUACCAUUCGUCUACAAGAAGAUGAGUCUGGGAGACACGGCCGACCAAGACAUUCUCUCGGUUUUGGAGGAGGCGCUCAGCUUCAUCCAGGAAGCCCACGAGGCCAACGUGGAGCACCACGUGCUGGUGAACUGUGCGCAGGGCGUGUCCCGCUCCGCAUCUGUGGUCAUUGCGUACCUCAUGAAGCAUCAGCGCAUGAGCCUCCGGGACGCCUAUUUCCAUGUCCGUGAGCGGAGGAGUAUCGCAGACCCGCGGAAGGAGUUCGUGGACCAGCUGGGCCGCCUGGAGCAACAAAUCUUCGGGCUGGAGCAGCCGACCUUUACCUCACAGGAGGCCUUCGAGGGUCGUACCCUCCUGAACCUCGACGACAGGCGAGCCGCGCGCACCUGCGGCCGAGGCCGAUCUGGAAAUCUCCAACAAGCGUGCCAGCGUCACGGACUGGUACGACGAGAACUCCGCGAGCCCGCAGAAGUUGCAGAAGUCCACGACGGACUGGUUCCUGGAGGAUGGCAAGGAGGGCAACGGGAAGCGGCCCUCCACUCGCACCUCCGAGACCGCGGUCUUUGCCAUGGCCGAAGACGAUUCCUGAGCCCAAUCGAAGGGGCCGUGGUUGCAUUCGGCGCGCCGUCCACGAGCCGUCCGCGAGCCUUCAAAGAGAAC